GUGUACAAAAAGAACCCGCUCCUCACUUCUCGCGAGGUUUUCUGCCGCCACCGCCGGAGAAGAGAAGGAAAACAUAUGAGGUCACUCUAGCUAGCACAGUAGUAUAUAGUAUAGUCCUUGCCAGGAAAAGGGCGGAGCAAUCUUUACGAAGUGGCUUCACCGACGUGAGCCUAUGGGAGGAGAGUAAUUUCGAUUGGCUGCUCAACCCGCCGCGAAGGAGGGAAGCGGAGGGCGCGCGCGGGGCCUGCUUUGAAGCGGGCACCUGCUGCGCGUGCGCACACUCCUGGGAUGAGCGCGCCAUGGCUGCCGCUGUCGCUGAGGUGGAGUCUUCGCUGGAGUUGAGCUUACCGGGUGGCGGCGUCCCCGGCUUCCUCCCUCCGGCGCGGUCCCGCAUCUUCAAAAUCAUCGUCAUCGGGGACUCGAACGUGGGGAAGACGUGCCUCACCUACCGCUUCUGCGCCGGACGCUUCCCGGAGCGCACCGAGGCCACCAUCGGGGUGGACUUCCGCGAGCGCGCCGUCGAUAUCGACGGGGAGCGCAUCAAGAUCCAGCUCUGGGAUACAGCAGGGCAGGAACGAUUCAGGAAAAGCAUGGUACAGCAUUACUACAGGAAUGUACAUGCAGUUGUGUUUGUAUAUGAUAUGACAAACUUGGCUAGUUUUCAUAGUUUGCCGUUGUGGAUCGAGGAGUGCAAGCAACACUUACUCGCCAAUGAUAUACCCCGGAUUUUGGUUGGAAACAAAUGUGAUCUGAGAAGCGCAAUUCAGGUGCCUACGGAUGUGGCUCAGAAGUUUGCCGACACUCAUAGCAUGCCGCUCUUUGAAACGUCUGCUAAAAAUCCGAAUGACAAUGAUCAUGUGGAAGCUAUAUUUAUGACACUGGCUCAUAAGCUCAAGAGCCAUAAGCCACUCAUGCUGAGUCAGCCGCCUGAUAACACUGUCCAUUUAGAACCUGCAGCAAAGCCUGCCAUAACAUGUUGGUGUUAGCUCGCAAUAUCUUUGCAGUCAUCCCCAUGUUUGCCAGUGCUAUAGAAGUGUGGUGUCAAUAACGUUCCAAGUGUAGUAGGGAAUUAUGUGGGAUCUGCUGGGCACUUUAUUGUAUGUCCUCACGUAUAAAUGUAUUUCACUUUUAAUAUUUGCACUUUGUAAACAGUAGCAUCUGACUUGAUGAAGUUCAGCUGAAAAUUAGUGAAGAUUAACCUGUGGUUCCAUUAAGAAAGCAUAGUUUUGAGACCCUCCACUUCACUAAACAAAGAUAGAUAUUCAUAUUAGGUCAAAUCACUGAUGCCUUUAGUGUUCAAUUGAGCAUACCACUAUUCUGUAGAAAUCCAAAGACUAGUAUGAAAUUAUAACCUAAUUCCUUUGACAAAUGUAUGAAAUCUACACACAUAUCAUUCAUAUCUUAAUCAUGUAAUAGAAGAAAGACUCAACAGGAAUACUACAUAGUAGUGCAACUUGCCUGCCAUCUAGUUUAUCCCAAAUUCUGCAGCUUCAUUAAUUCACAAGUGAUAAUUUAUAUAGUAUGUUUUAUCUGCCUUAAGUUGUGUUUUUCUUACCUCCGUGUUAUAUUUUCAUAGCUUUGCUCUCUUGUGUAAAUAUAAGAGAACGAGGGAUAGGAACAGCUUUGAGGGAAAAUAAAAGAUGAUUUAAACAUUAUUUAAUUCAAAUCAUGUUUUUUCCGAGACGAGCAUCAUGCAAAUGUAGUGGAGAUUGGAAAUAAUACUAAAAUUAGGUUUGUUAAUAUAUGUUGCCGCUAUAGCCAUAGGAAUUACUUCCAUUCAGUAAUGGUGAUGCUUCAAAGAUGUGUUCAUCAAUAGGAUUACAAAGUAUUGCUGUUGAAUGUGUGCCUAUAUCUUUAAAAGUUCCAGAAGAGGACCGAUCAGUGUGUAUCUUACUUUGUUAUCCACUGAACCUUUGAUUUCACUAUCUAUGUGGUGAAUGUUAAAGUCAGCAGGAUGAAGGAAAGGAGGAGGGUUAUUUACAUCAUAGUUUUGGAAUAUUUAUAGAUACUGCAUGGAAUCUAGUGGACUGCUUCAGUGCUGUGAGAGGAACUGGGAAAGAAAUUAAAGCCCUUGCACAGGUCCCGUCCUCUCUUGCACCUGAAAAACUGCUCUAGCAUUCAGAUAAACUCUUUGGAGCCAAUUCUAGGGAUAGAGGGAGAGGAAUUUUCACUGUGCUACCAAUUAGGCUGUAGUAUGAAGUUGAAUUUAAGCCAUGUAAACCUACAGGUUAAGAGGAGCUUAACCUGUAUCCUGGUAUAGUGUGUUGGUUAAUUUGUGAUAGCGUUGUAGAUAUGUACAUUUUGUACAGCUUCCAAACUAGCCAAACCAUUAAUCUUGAUUCCAAAUCUGUUGAGGAUCAGAGUGUCCAAAUGUAGGAUUUGGGAUCACAGAGCCUAUUGCACUAAAAAGGAUCAGUGAAUACAAAAGUGUGAACAGCAGCAUCUGAAGGACAAAUGGUAGCCAAGUUAAUUUGCGACAUUGUGUUUUUGCAGGAGCUUGAAACAACUUAAGAAUUUGUAGUGGGCCAUAACAUUUCUACUUCUUAAGCCUUAGCUAUUAAAAUAUGGGAAGGACAUAUAUAAAGGCAGUUGUGUUCCAUAAGAAAAGUGAAUGAGUUUUUUUAGUAACACUUGAAAAGGUUCUUCAGAUGUAUUUGCAGUAUAGACGACUAUAUGACAGGGGAGGCUUAAUGAUUUUGCAUGGACAUCUUUCUACCAUUAUACCUGGCCUUGUUUCUUAUAUUUCCUACCUAUAGGAGGAAUCUUACCACUCAUAGGAAAUGCAAGGGAGGGGUAAGCUUUCCUGUACUCAUUGUGUAACAUGCAUUAGUGACAUGAUUGGCCAAUUAAAGGCCUUCCAGCAGCUUAUUAUCAGCAAGUGAAUGUUAUGCUGCCGCUUUUAUGUAAGUUCUUGCUCAGUAUGGCAGACCCUCCAUUCAGAAAUAUUAAAUUGAUUUAAGUCUGCACUCAUUUGAAGAAUUACAAUAGUUUUAAAAAGGAGUAUAUUUCCUUUGUUUUCAGACAAUGCAGUAUAUCAAUUGCUCUUGAUGCAUUGCUCUUGGUGCAAAUGCAUUGUCUCCUGCAUGAAUGAGAAUGGAGAUUUUCAUUUCAUGUUUGUAUCCUGCCUUUCCUUUCAUAAAUGUAGUUAACCAUAAUAGUCUGCAAUUUCUAAAAUUGGUGCUAGCUGGCUGCUGUGUUGUAACUUGUUAAUAUAUUAAAAAUGGCUGUCCAAUAAUGGAGAGUUAUUUUUAAUACAUGAUUUUAUUGCUCUGUUAGGUUAGUUAACUAUACAUUAUUUACCAAAAUAUAAAUGUAUUGCAGAGAUCUUAUUCUUAUUUUUUUUCUUUCAAUACCCAUAAGGGGUUACUGCAAUCUUUCUGAUCCUCAUUCUUAAUUAUGGAAUUAAUAUUUUCCACAUGUCCUGGGUUCUACAUUUUGUCUUAGGCUGCACACAACCUAUUGGUUACACAGAAAGGGAAAUGAAGCCAUGAAUCCCACCUCACCAUAGAAUUUUAUUCAAAUGAAAUGAAGUGUCAGUAUUUUAUGUGAAGAUUUUGAGAAAAGUAUGCUAAAUGUAGUUUGCUUAUUCUGUAUCCACUCUGUGCCGUUAUUGGAAGAACUAAAUUUUGAGUGUCAAAUGAAGCUUUUAUCUUGUCUUCAAGAUUGUGUUCAGUCAUUAUGGUAAAAGUUUAAUUGCCAAACAUAUACAGAAAAACAAGCAUUAUUCUUUUACAGAUGGUAGAGUAAUGUAAAAAAAAAUACUAAAUUUUAGGUUUAGAAAAAUGUAUGUAUUGCACCUUAAAUAUAAAAUGUAGGGAACACAAUCUGCUUAAACUGUGAGGAUUGAUUUUCUCCAAAAUUUUUAGAUAACCGUAUCUUUUCCUUUUUUUUACAUCCUUUUUGGAGGCAAAGCAUCUAUCACUGCAGUUGUGGCAUCAUUUUCGUCUUUAGCUUUUGUAUAACAUUUGAAAAAAGGGACUUUAAAAAAUCUGCCAUAAACAUUAAUUUCAUUUUGGUUUACUUAUUUUCCAGGAAAAAUCCUCUUUUUAUGCUAAGUGUCUUAAAGGAUUUUUGGUAAUAUGAUUUUUAAACAUGGUUUACAUUCUUUUCUAGAGGACUUAUCUGUUUACUUUGUAUCCUUAAUCCAUUUAUGUAAAGGAUAGAUUUAUUGCAAAUAAAGGCAAUGCAUGUCUGUAAAUUUUAUCAUCUCAGAGCAAGCACAAAAAUACAGAGCUCUAAGCACACUGGGUGGGAAGUCAACAGAAGAAUAAGGCAUAUGGAUUCAACAUGUGAAGGCUGUCAUGGUUCCUAGUGGCAAGAACUUUUUGAACAGUUGAUUUGAAACUAGAAAUAUAAUUAUUCUGGCCUAUAAUGGAACAUUCAGCUUUUAAUAUGUUAAUCAUCAAUUAUUUUGAUAGUAUUAUACAGAGUACUGUUGAUCCAGAUGCUUUUGAGUUUAAUAAUGCUUUACUCCAAAUUUUUGUUUUUGUUUUUAUUGUUCCAAAACAAAAUGAAGGAUUUUUGUAUGUUUCAAAAUGAUCACAAUGUGCCACUGUCUUAAAGUAAUAAAUACUCGCUCAUAUAA